AUAGAGUGUGUGGUUGUGAGAGACAUUCAGACACACUGAUCAGACUGAUAGAAUGGCUCUGGCAGCAAUUAGUCUUCUUUGCUUUGCAGCUUUGCUGCCUUUCCCAGGACUGGGACUGCCUGCAGGAUCAGGCAAGCUGGAACAGGUACCCGUUAGAGUGACUGUCAUUAAUGAAUUAACUAAUGAGCAGAUCUCCUACUCCACAUCUGUGCUUGAGGAAGGGCUGAUGUUUGGUGCCUUAAAUCAACUGCAGGACACCAAUGACGGUUUCAAAUUCACAUACACUAUUCAUAAAACCUCUGGCAUAUAUCUGGAGAGUGUGAACGGAUUGGCUGGAUCUGAUAAGGACCAGACACACUGGGAGCUUCUGUCUGAGAAAGCAGGAGUUAUAACCCGACUGGAAGUGGGAAUUGGCUGCUAUCAACCCCAGAGAGAUGAGAAUAUGAUCCUGAGGUUCACCACUUGGGCCAAACAAUAGAUUAAAAAAAAAAUCUACAUUGUUUCAGUCAUGGGAUCAACACAAAAUUGAACUGAAAUAAUAAACUCAUAAUAUGAAACUGAAAA